GUGCUGGCGUUAUCCUGCCGAUUGUCCCGAAGUCCAUCCGUGCCUUUCGCAGGUACUUUUUGCCGCUUCCUUUAUCAGUCGAUUUUUACCAGAGGAGAAGCCAGCAAUGUCGAUGUUAAUCUGAUUGAUGCCGGGCCACGAAGGACCAGAGAGGUGCGUUUUACUCUGUCUAAUCCACAAAAUUAUUUGCUCCUAUUUAUAUCCUGCGAUACUCAUCGUGUGCUCAUUCCCAUCACAAUCCGUGCUGCUCCUGGCCUUCUCAAUCGACAUAUUUUCAGUUCUAAUCGCCACGUUAGCAUCAGAGUUUCACGGCUGUCAUAA